AUGAACAAUUUACAAAUUAUUGAUAUUCUCGGUAAAGGUGCUUAUGGUCAAGUCUAUUUAGCCAGAAAUGAACAAGAAAAUGAACUUUAUGCCAUCAAGUCAAUUCACACCAAGCUAGAGAAGAACGAAAUUGAACUCCACCAACGAUUGUCGAAUCAUCCCAACAUUAUUUCUUUAAAGAAAGUGAUACGUCAAUCAAACAGCACAACACAGCUUGUGCUAGAAUAUGGACCCGAAGGUGAUUUAUUCUCUGCCAUCACUGAAAGAGAUUUGUAUGCAGGCAACCAUCCUCUGAUCAGAAAAGUAUUUCUUCAACUUAUUGAUGCUGUCAUACAUUGUCACGAAAAGAAUGUAUAUCAUCGCGACUUGAAACCUGAAAACAUUUUAGUCUUUGAGGGAGGACAAACGGUCAAAUUGGCUGACUUUGGACUAGCAACCACUGACAGUGUGUCUAAAGAGUUUGGCUGUGGCUCCACAUUUUAUUAUUCACCAGAAUGUCAAGGUGACUUGCUUCAAAAUAACGCACACCGCAUUGGUUAUGCCACUGCGCCUAAUGAUGUAUGGGCACUUGGUGUCAUCCUUGUCAACUUGACCACAGGUAGAAACCCAUGGACUCAAGCUUCUCUUCGGGAUGAAACAUUUCGUGCAUAUCUCUCAGAUCCCAAUGAAUUUCUUCUUUCCAUCCUUCCUAUCUCGCGCGAACUCAACCGUAUUUUAAGGCGUAUUUUCUGCAUUGACCCUAUGCGUCGCAUUACUCUUGCUCAGCUCAGAGAGAAGAUUUGUAAUUGUAAAUAUUUUACACGUACAGCAGAGGUUGACCAAUACGAACGUAUGUGUAUCCAACAAAAAAUGAUGGCCUUGAACAAGCGCUAUCAACAAAAGCAAGAAAAGAUGAUGAAGCAAUUUGCUGUUGUCGAACUGCCUCCUUCUCCACCUGCUACACCUUGCUCGGAUCGAUCGCUUUCUAAAGAACAAGAC